AUGGGUUUGCAAAUCUUGUUUGAGCUGUUUGAGCUAGAAAUGACCACCAACCAAUGGAAGGUGACGAACUUGAUGCCUAACAGGUCUCUGAGCUGGUCAGGGGGUUUUGACAAGAGGCCCAAGCAUAGAAUUGGUAUACAGACCUCUGGGUCAAUGUGUCAAGUUGAAGUCUGGCAAUCAGCCAGGGCGUCACAGCAUUCUAAGGCAGCAAAGAAAGGGUCUGUAACUUGGGUGCAAAUCAAGCGAGGGAAUUACAGUAACCUGAUGGCAGAGAAUGGGUGUCUAAGUCACUGGCAAGCAAAGAAUGGGUAUCCCAAUUGUGUUUUAGCUGGGAUUGUGCAAACACAUCUGCUAGAAUGUCCAGUGCCUUCGCUUCCAUCUUGCUUCCUGUUUGCAAACCUGGGAAUCACAGUGAUCUGUAUGGGCACAGAAUGGCCAGGGGGUGCUAGCUGUCUGGAGGAUAUGAGAACAGGUAUCCAAGUUGUGUGUGUGUGGGUUUCUAACACUGUGGGUAAUCAAAGAACAAGUGCAGAAACUGUUUUCUCAAACAUCAGCCAGGGCCAUCCAGCAAUCUGGCAAAGCACGAACCAAGUAUACAAAGUGUCUGUGAGCGAGAGUUGGGCAACCAAACAAGGGGUCUUGGCAAUGCAUGCAGCUUGUUUGGCAAUUCCCCAGGGCGUCACAGCAUCUAGAGGCAGUAAAGAAUGGAUCUGUGGUCUGCAUGCAAAUCGUGCGAGGGGAUCACAGCGAUUUGAAGGACUAAGGGUGGGCAUGCAAAUUGAGUUUGUGGUGGAUCGGAUUGGCAGCCAAACAGGGUUUGCAGUGAAGCAAGGGUUCACAGCAAUCUGGAGGAGCAGAGAAUGGGUGUAUAAAUUGUAUUGUGGUAGCAGUGCCAGUGACCUCUGUAGCUCUCAGAAGAACAUGGUCCUUACUGCUAACCCGGUUAUAAAGUGCUUUCAAUUUGGCAACUUGAUCGGAACAUCAAUGCAGGUUUUCUCUUGCGCCAAUCCAAUUUUGAAGAAGGUUGUUGCUGAGCUUGAAACUUCAACUCAUCAAUAG